CAAAAAAAAAAUUGGCCCUAAUUUCAUUCUCACUUGCCCCAACCCUAGUUCUCUCCUCAGUCAUUCUCUUUCUCGUAGUGGCGCCACAGAUGACAACACCUGCGUGGGUGGAGCUCCCUCCGGCGUCCAGGUAACCAUCCUCAUCUCUUCUCUCUCCCUCUCUCGCUCUCUCCGUCUCUCCCUCAAUCUCCAGCUUCGUGCGACUCUACCCUGUUAUUACCGCAGCUCUCCCUCUCCGUCUUGGUGCGACUCAUCUCCCAUUACUGCUGGUGAGAGCUCUCCCUCUCAUCUUCCGGAUGUCCACGCACCGCCGCUUUACCGACCCUACUUUUCGGCUGCCGCCGCAGAGCUACAUUUCAAUGCUACUCCUCUUCAUCUACUGUUAUUUCACCAAUACCCUUAUUAUGCCCGUUAUCAAUGGGCCUACGGAGGGUCUGAUGCUGAUAUAUUUGUGCCAUUUCUUUACCGCUAUAGUUGGUGCUGAUUGGUGGGCUCAACCUUUUGGAAAGUCUCUGCCAUUUCUGAGCUGGGUUCCGUUGAUAAAUGAAAUCCCAACAAACAAGGUUACGCUGUUUGCAAUAAUAGUUUUUGCUAUUAUACCAACGAGCUUAUUCAACGUGUACAAUGUUUGUAAGGUUGUUCAGGCGAGGAAAGGAAGCAUGCUACUGGCGUUGGCAAUGGUAAACCUAGGUUUAAUAAUUUAUGAUGUUACCAUAAAUUAUGGUAAGCCUUGGUUACACUGAACCAGGUUUAAUAAUUUAUGAUGUUACCAUUUUAAUAAAUCAGUUUGGCUGAAUUCAAGGAUUCUUCUUGGUAUAGAAAAGCCAUAUCUAAAUAAUUAGUGAUAUGGGUCCAAAUCGUCAAUUAUAAGGUCUUUUUUACCUUGACUAUUUGUCUAUUCCUGUUAUUCGUUUCCAUUUUUUGUUGAAAAGAAAAAGGCAAGACAAUGAAAACUGUGAGCUUAAUUCAAAAUUCCUAUGGCAUUUUAUUAGUAUUAGAUUAAUGAAUUUAUUUGUUUCUUAAACUUUUUGACAGAAAGCAUAUAUUCUGUAAGAAUUUUGCGUUAUACAUUACUUUGAUAUCUAUAUAUGAUGCUUGGUCAUUUCUUGUUUGUUUGUUUGUUUCUUGAAAUUUUUGUUCUCUAUUGAAGGAUUUCUGCUACCAUAUAUCUUUUUUUUGCCAUUAGUUUCUAAUUUGUUAUAGGAAAGUGAGUGACUUCCGACCAUUGUACAAAUGAAUGUGAUUUUUUUUUUGGAGUUUUCCCUGAUUAUGGUUAAGGAAUUUUGUUUUCUAUUAUUAUUUUUAAGGAAAACUCGUCAGAUGUAUUCAUUCAUAUCAUAUCUGGUAGGUAGGGUAGCAGAAUGGAUGAAUAUGCUUUCCCUUGAUGUCUUGGGAAAGAGAACGGAAAGGAGGCACAAAUGUGAUGCCACCUUAUUUAUGUGAACUGCAAAUUUAUAUUUUUUUUUGGUACACGUUAAUCUUUUGUGUGUGAUUACUUAGAUUAGGGGCCUUGAUCAUCAGUGCUGAUUGAAUGUCUGCUCAAGUUACUCAUCUACAACCCAAAGUUUAAUCUAAAGCUAAGAACAUCAGAAUCAUUCGUGUUUUAAUUAAUCUGUGGUAUUAUUCGUUAAAACAAACUUUGCCAACUUUAUUAAAAAAUCAUAUAUAAAAGUGAACUGAAUCAAUGGAGCUUUGAUAGUUAACUAUGCCUGUAUUUGUUAUGGCUGUUAGCUUAUUAAUCAUCGUGUAUUGAAAU